UCUGUUUCUGUUUCAAAACUACAUUCGUCUGGAAAUCUUGAGGCUUUUCAAAAAAUGCGUCUUCCACAUACAGCGGGCGGUAUGAUGCGACAAAUAUCGCAGAGAUUUCAGUCGUCGAAAGUUUUUCACGGAAAAGGAACACCUACAAUUGGUAUCAGAAGAGAAACAGUAAACUCCUGGGAACGUCGUGCUCCACUUGCUCCAACCCACGUGAAACGUCUUACAAAGUCAGGAGUCAAUGUCCUUAUUCAACCGAGCAAUCGACGAGCCUAUCCAAUUCAAGAUUAUAUAUCAGCUGGUGCAAUUGUGCGAGAGGAUCUUAGCGAAGCUCACAUCAUCAUGUCAGUCAAAAGUGUACCAAUUGAUCAGUUGAUUCCAAAUAAGACAUAUGCAUUCUUUUCGCACACAAUUAAAGCUCAACAGGAUAACAUGGAGAUGUUGGACACUAUCUUGCAGAGAAAUAUCCGUCUACUUGACUAUGAAAAGAUCUGCGACGACAAGGGAAAACGAUUGGUAAUGUUCGGAAAAUGGGCUGGAAAUGCAGGAUUCAUUGAUAUUCUUCAUGGAAUCGGACUGCGACUCCUUGCUCUCGGCCACAAUACACCAUUCCUUCACAUGGGAUUGGCCCAUAAUUACAAUGAUUCUCAUAUGGCGAUUAAUGCAUUGAGAGAUAUUGGAUAUGAGAUUGCAUUGGAUAGAAUGCCUCGAUCAUUGGGACCCCUCAUCUUUGUGUUUACUGGAUCCGGAAAUGUUAGUCAAGGAGCACGAGAGCUGUUUGAGCACUUGCCACACGAGUAUGUCGACGUGGCAACUCUGCCAAAAGUGGCUCAGAAAGGACAAUUGAACAAGGUGUAUGGAUGUGUAGUGACGCGUAAGGAUCAUUUUGUACCGAAGCAUGGAGGACCUUUCGACAAAAAAGAGUUUGAACAAUUUCCGGACCGAUAUACAUCGAAAUUUGCAACUGAGAUCGCCCCAUACGCAUCAGUAAUUAUCAAUGGAGUAUAUUGGGAUGCUCAAUCACCACGUCUCAUUACAAUUCCUGAUGCUAAGAAUUUGCUGACUCCGGUACAACGGAAAAAGAAGAAAACUAACCAAACAAGUCGUGCAUCGACCAAAUCGGGCGGACUUUACGACACACCUGGAUGCCCAACGCUCCCUCACCAUCUCAUCGCUCUUUGUGACAUUUCUGCCGAUCCAGGAGGUUCGGUAGAGUUUAUGAGAGAAUGUACUACAAUUGACAAGCCAUUUGCCAUUUAUGAUGCAGAUUUUAACACCUCAUCCGAUAGCUUUGACGCUGCAUCCGGAUGCCUUGUAUGCUCCAUUGAUAAUAUGCCUGCUCAAAUGCCCAUUGAGGCCACGGAACAGUUUGGAAACUUGCUGUACCCAUGGUUAUGGGAUCUACUCAACACGUCCAACGAUCAACAUUUCGAUCGGCUGCAGUGUAGGACAGAGAUCAAGAAUGCGAUUAUCACUGAUCAAGGAAAAUUGACACCAAACUUUGAAUACAUUGCUCAACUUCGAAAGGAUAAGGCAGCUUCCGCAUCCGCAAACUCUCGAGUUAUGGGUGGUACAACCGACAAGCGUGUGCUUCUCCUCGGUGCUGGAAUGGUUUCAGGACCAUUUGCCGAUUUCUACUCAAAGCAGAAGGAUGUUAAUUUGACUGUUGCCACUGAAUCUCAGAGAGAUGGACAACGACUCUGUACGUCACCGAACAUUCAAUCGGUUGUUGUGGAUAUUGCACGUGAGAGCCAUACAAUGGAGAGACUUAUCAGAGAGCAUGACCUUGUGGUAUCCUUGCUUCCAUUCAAUUUCCAUCCACUUGUUGCCAAGAUGUGUAUCUCGAACCAAAGAGACAUGGUUACUUCAAGUUAUGUCUCACCGGAACUUGAAGCUCUUGACAAAGCAGCCAAAGACGCUGAUGUUACGAUUAUGAAUGAAGCUGGUCUUGAUCCUGGAAUAGAUCACAUGCUCGCAAUGGAAUGCUUCGAUGACAUCAAGGAACACGGAGGACGGAUCACCUCCUUUGAAUCUUUCUGUGGAGGACUUCCAGCUCCAGAAUGGUCUGAUAAUCCUUUGAGAUACAAAUUCUCAUGGUCACCAAAGGGCGUUUUGACUGCUUUGAUGAAUCCGGCCAAGUAUUUGAAGAAUGGGAAGAUUGUUGAAGUUCCGUCCGGAUCUGUGGUUGAUAACUUGAUUGAUAUCGAUUUCAUGCCUGGACUUAAUCUGAUUGGAUUCCCAAAUAGAGACUCGACAAAAUACUCAGAUGUUUAUGGAUUGGGAAAUGACUGUAAGACAAUCAUCCGUGGAACACUCAGAUAUCAGGGAUUCGUAGAUACUGUUAAGGCCCUUCACUCUGUUGGACUUCUCUCUGGCGACAACAUUGAUUCAUUUACAUCUAACAUUGGACCAGAUUUGACAUGGAAAGAAUUGAUUGCCUCAUUGAGUAACCAGAAGCUCGAUAUCUUCCCAGACUCUUUGAGACACAUUAUUGAGGAGAAAGUUGGUGGAAAGGGCUUAUCUGCGCUUGAAAAUCUUGGCUUGUUCUCUGACAAGGUUGUAGAUCGUCACGGAACUCCGAUCGAUACUCUUGCUCAGUAUUUGGCAAAGAUUCUUGCUUUCAAGGAUCAUGAAUCGGAUUUGGUUGUGUUGAAUCAUGAUAUUGGUGCUCAGUUGCCAGGUGGAAACUCUGAACGUCAUCGUAUCAGUUUGGUUCAAUACGGCAAUCCAAAUGGUUUCUCCGCUAUGGCUCGUACUGUUGGUUACACAACUGCCAUCGUCUCACACAUGGUUCUAAACAAUGAAAUUCAAAGAGCAGGAAUUCAACGACCAAUUCUGAAGGAAGUCUACCGUCCAGCAUUGAAGCGUCUUCGUGACUUUGGAAUUGUGCCAACACACACAAUUACCCCAAUGUAGCUUGUUAUCCAUAUUCUAUUACCAUGUUAUUUCGAUUUAUUUCAAUUUUUGUAGUAUAGUACUGAGUACUGACUAGUUUCACCCGUUUUUUUAAUGUUUUAUCGAAUAUUUCCUCUCUCAUAUAUGAAAAGUGAAUAUAUUCACUUUUCACCAAACCCCAUCGCGGGUGCUUCCAUCAAGUCGACCGAAUAAAAUUUUUGACUUCA